AUGGAGGCUUCGCUCGAUAAAGAGGUUGGCUUUUCGAUAAAAAAAAUUGGUAAAAUUUUAUCAGAUGUAUUACCAUGGAGAAUCGAUUGCUGUCAAUGUUCACGUUCAGAACAACAGCAACAAGACGGUGAAAAAGCUCAAAGUUGGUUGUUUUUGAAUUUUCAGCCCAUAAUUUGCUGUGGAAAUAAUUAUGAGUGGCAGAAUCGGGUUAAUGGUGGCCUGUGAACAGGUAAUUUUAAUGGAUGAAAACUAAAAAAAAAAUCAGGAGAGCAAGAAAGUUCCUACAGCUUUAUGAAAAAAAAACAAGAAGAAAAAUGAUUGACUUGAAGGUCAGCGUGGUUCAAGUGGCGGACAUUUGCCUAUUCACGACUGCCUCCUACACAUGCGAAGUGGCACGAAUGGAGAGCAGGUUUCACAAAUAAUUAUCGAAACUCCGUGUAAUUGUUCAUUUUUUGCAGCGAAGGAUUCCCUGUCGGCCCUGGCGCCACACUUUCCAAGGUUUUCUCGGUGUGUCCGCUGUUGCGGAACAACAAGGACAAACGCGGUCUUGCAUUGGAUGGACAGUUGAAACAUGAAGACACCAAUCUUGCAUCUAGUACUAUGUUCGAGUUUGUUUUUUUCGCUUUUUCUAAGUUUAAAAUAGUUCUAGUAAAACUCAGAUUGUCAAAUUUUUUCCAACGUGAAAAUAAUAGCUUUUGGUUAUGAUAAUUUCAAACGCUCCGAGUUUUUUUUUUUGGAUACCGGUUUCGAACUUUUUUGCUUAUGUUGUUAUCUGCAAAAAUUUGCAGAAUCAUUUGAACAAUUCACUGGAAACUUUAAUUUUGCCAAUUAGCAACAUUGUUCGCUUCUUUUUGCUCUUUUGGUUUGAUGAAAAAUUGGAAUUUGUAGCCUGGAUGGCAAGACUUCGAAAGAGAGUUUGGGGAUCGUGGUGCAGUACAAAGUGAAGGUGAGAGCAUCGAUCGGAGGUCCCUUGGGUGGAGAACUAGUCGCCGAAUUGCCGUUCACGCUUACUCAUGCGAAACCAGCCGAAACACCCGAAAAAAAGGUCGGAAGCUUUGGAGGAAAGCUUGAGCCAACGUUAGUCAAAUUGCAGGAACGACCUAUUGAAAAACCUAUUGACGACGAGGAGCCGAAUCUCCUUGAAGUGGAUCUCAUCCAGCUUCACGAGGAAAUGUGAGCGUUUGUCACAACGGAGUUUGAGUUGGAAAAAGCUUUACAACAAAAAAAUCCCAAGCAAACAAGUUUGCGAAAAAUAGAAUAAAAUUAGGAUGUAGAGCAAUAAACCGAAAUAUUGAGAAUUUUUCCAUUUCACUUAUUUGACAUUAAUUCUAUUUUUGAAAGCAUACGUCGUUUACGUCCGACCUCUGGCGAUUUCGUUUCGAAUGGCUGACAUCAAAUCUUCAAAAAAAGUGAAUUUAAAAAAAUAGUUAUGAAAAAAAUGAAACUUUUUUGAUUGAAAAAAAUGCUUUUUUUCUAGUUUAUGAAGUAGAGGUUCAUUCGGGCUCUCUGUUUUUGCAUCAUAUUCAGUAGAGUUUUGGUGUAUUUCAGAGACGUCAAAGACGAGGACGAUCUCAUUUUCGAAGACUUCACGCGACUUCGCCUUCGCGGCGCCGACAGCGACGACCAGCCGUCGCCGAGCACAAUGACGCCGUCGCAAAGUCUGCUCUGA